GGUGAACAAGAAGGCCUCUUCCUCGGAAGGGGACGAACGGGUGCUUGCUUGCUGAAGGCGGGCCCCGGGGAGGCCGCGGCUCCUCCUUGCGGGAGGCGCCUAUCUGCGGGGCGGGCGGCCGGAUUAGCUCAUCUCGGCGGCCGGAGCAUUGGAGUGAGCGGCGGCGUCCUUCUUCCCUCCCUCCUUCCUUUCCUUCAGUGUGUCCGCCUCGUCUCCCUUCCCUGCAGCCCUUCCUCCUCCUCUUCUUCCUCCCACCCAGCCGGCUCCAUGGCUCUGUGCAAUGGAGAAGCCAAGCUGGAGAACGCUGGAGAAGAUCUCAAGGAUGGUUUAUGUCGCUAUGAAGGAGCUGUAGUAAUACUUGACGCCGGAGCUCAGUAUGGGAAAGUCAUAGAUCGCCGAAUCAGAGAACUCUUUGUCCAGUCGGAGAUCUUCCCCUUGGAAACCCCUGCAUUUGCCAUCAAAGAACAGGGAUUCCGGGCUAUCAUCAUAUCUGGAGGUCCAAACUCAGUCUAUGCAGAAGAUGCUCCAUGGUUUGAUCCGGCAAUUUUUACAAUAGGCAAACCAGUUCUAGGAAUCUGCUAUGGCAUGCAGAUGAUGAAUAAGGUAUUUGGAGGUACAGUACACAAGAAAGAUGUUAGAGAAGAUGGCGUGUUCAGCAUCAGUGUAGAUAAUACGUGUUCACUCUUCAGGGGACUUCAGAAGGAAGAGAUUGUACUCCUCACACAUGGAGAUAGUGUAGAUAAGGUAGCAGAUGGAUUCAAAGUUGUUGCACAGUCUGGAAAUGUUAUAGCAGCUAUAGCAAAUGAAUCUAAAAAACUGUAUGGGGCACAGUUUCAUCCUGAAGUUAGCCUUACGGUGAAUGGAAAGGUGAUGCUGAAAAACUUCCUUUAUGAUAUUGCUGGCUGCAGUGGUACCUUCACAGUUCAAAACAGAGAAUUGGAGUGCAUUCGAGACAUCAAAGAGAAAGUAGGGUCAUCAAAAGUUUUGGUUUUACUCAGUGGAGGUGUGGAUUCCACAGUAUGUACAGCAUUGCUGAAUCGUGCUUUGAAUCAAGACCAAGUAAUAGCCGUGCACAUAGAUAACGGCUUCAUGAGGAAGAGAGAAAGUCAGUCUGUAGAGGAGGCACUCAAAAAACUGGGAAUUCAAGUCAAAGUGGUAAAUGCAGCUCAUUGGUUCUACAAUGGUACAACAACUCUGCCUAUUUCUGAAGAAGACAGAACUCCACGGAAAAGGAUCAGUAAAACUCUGAAUAUGACUACAAGUCCUGAGGAAAAACGCAAAAUUAUUGGUGACACCUUUGUGAAGAUUGCUAAUGAGGUUAUUGGAGAAAUGAACCUGAAACCAGAAGAAGUCUUCCUUGCUCAGGGCACCUUGCGGCCUGAUCUUAUUGAGAGUGCGUCUGUUGUUGCUAGCGGCAAAGCAGAAGUCAUCAAAACACAUCACAAUGACACAGAACUCAUUAGAAAACUGAGGGAAGAGGGCAAAGUAAUAGAACCACUAAAAGAUUUCCAUAAGGAUGAAGUAAGAGUGCUUGGGAGAGAACUUGGCCUGCCUGAAGAGCUGGUCUCAAGACAUCCAUUUCCAGGUCCUGGCCUUGCGAUUCGUGUAAUAUGUGCCGAAGAACCAUACGUUUGCAAAGAUUUUCCCGAAACAAACAAUAUUUUGAAAAUCUUAGCAGACUUUUCUGCAAGUGUUAAAAAGCCUCACACACUAUUGCAGAGGGUCAAAGCAUGUACAACAGAGGAAGAUCAGGAGAAAUUGAUGCAAAUCACAAGUCUACAUUCAUUGAAUGCCUUCUUGCUGCCAAUCAAAACUGUGGGAGUACAGGGUGACUGCCGUUCUUACAGCUAUGUGUGUGGGAUCUCCAGUAAAGAUGCUCCGCACUGGGAAUCCCUGAUGUUCCUGGCAAGGCUCAUACCACGCAUGUGUCACAACAUAAACCGAGUUGUUUAUGUGUUUGGCCCACCAGUCAAGGAACCUCCUACAGAUGUUACUCCCACUUUCCUGACGACAGGAGUCCUCAGCACAUUAAGGCAGGCUGACUUUGAGGCUCAUAAUAUUCUCAGGGAGUCUGGUUAUUCUGGUAAAAUCAGCCAGAUGCCAGUAAUCUUGACACCGUUGCAUUUUGAUCGAGAUCCCUUACAGAAACAACCUUCCUGUCAAAGAUCAGUGGUUAUUCGAACCUUUAUUACUAGUGACUUCAUGACUGGCAUUGCAGCAACUCCUGGCAAUGAGAUUCCAGAAGAGGUUGUAUUGAAAAUGGUGACAGAGAUUAAGAAGAUUCCUGGCAUUUCCCGAGUGAUGUAUGACUUGACUUCGAAACCACCAGGAACAACUGAGUGGGAGUAAUUAUUUCUCCCCCAGUGAAAGUACUGUAUGCAGUUUUAAAUUAUAUCAGAAACCAUUCCCAGUGUUGACAUGCAGUACUGAGAAAGGAGUGUCUGGAGCUGCUGCUACAUCACAUGUGAUUAUUUUUUUCUUUUCUCCUGGAGCGUAAUCUGCAAAUUAAGAGUGACGAUGUGGGGUGGGGGGAGGAGUCAGGUCAGUGGGGCUGAGGAUAUGUACGGGUAAAAUAAUUAGGGCAAUAUUGCCUAUGUGCAGAUAGAUUUAUAUUGCUUUGCCUUUCUUUUUAUUGUAUUGCCACAUUUUUUUAAUGUGUCAUUUCAGUGUCUCUUUUUAAUGUUUUUGUAUACUGUGUAAAAAGAGACCGUUUAUUUACAUUUACCAAAAGCAUUGUUAGAGCCUAUUAAUAAUGUAAAAUGAAAAAAGUGACCAACUGCUUUUGAAACAGAUUUAUUAUAAAUAAAUAUUUUGCCAAAUGGACUAGUGGGUAUUGUUGAAUUGUGGAAUCAAUGUAUAUUUGUUUGCUGUUUACUGUAAAUUCUGUCCCAUGUCAUUUGGAGUGUUAAGCCCAUGGCAAUAAGUGUUGACAUUCAAAACAACUGGCUUUGGCACUCAGAUAAUGACUAGAUUCUCCCUCUCCCACGUCUUCCCACUUUCCCUCACAUUUUCAAAACAAGUAACAUUUCUUUAAGAAUCUUUAAGAAUACAUUUUCUCCAGAUGCAUUGAUAUCUAUAUUUAAUGUGCAUUAAAUUGGUUACAAGAGAGCCAGACAUGAAUUAUGUACAUAGCUGAGAACACAUCUUAUGGUUUGCACAAUAUCAAACAAUCUACAUUGCAGCCAUCAUAAUCUCUUAUGUUUGUUCAGUUUUUGUCAUUGUUUUGAACUCUCAGUCCUACCUUUCCUAUUAGUUUUCAAUUCUAUUGGGAUAUUUUAUAAAGGCAAGAAGAAUAUUGCUUUUAUGAAUACUUUCAGAAGGUGCAUUAAAAUGUUCGGUUUAUUUGUAUUUAAUUGAUGUUUGCAAGCCAGCUUAGCCUAUAGAAUAGGCAUGGGCAAAUUACAGCCCUCCAGGUGUUUUGGACUUCAACUCCUAGAAACCCCAGCCAGUUUACCGGCUAUUAGGAAUUAUGGGGGUUGGAGGGCAGAAAUUUGCACAUGCCUGCUACAGAAUAUAAAUGAAUUUCUUUAUUGGUAAGACAUGGAGAAUAGGCUACCAGUAAGCUGAAAAUCAAUAUAGUUAUUUGCUGCCUCUGGUCUGCAUUGAGGCCAGGCGCUAGAUGAUUCUGCAUAUGUGUGGUUUAUGAUUUACAUAGCAUGAACUCAAAUCAAAUUGUGUCUGAUUUAUAUUGUUAAAGUAACUGGAACGGAGGAAAGCACUUAAUUGCUAUAAAACAUGGAUACCUUCUGGCCCCCCAGAUGCAAUUUAUAGCAACCCAAGCCAGCAAAGCUAGAAGUGAGGGAUGGUGUGCAACAUCUGGAGGACCAGAAAUGCCUCCAUACAUUCUAUAAAGAAAAUACCCUUCCUCUAAAGUUAAAGUGCCGGUUAUCAAUGCCAUUGGAGCUAUUGUGUCCACCAUAAAUCAAUUCAAACCCAUAUACAAGAUUGCUAAGACACAAAGGACUGUGUGCUUAGAAAUUCAUCACACUACUCAUCUUUGAGGGGAGGAAAUGAAAGAAGCUUUUCUGUUCAAGCUUUUAUGGUAAAAUACGUCAUUCAUUCAUUGCAUUCAAUAUGAGUCUACUGUAAUUAUGUUAAUGUAUUGCCCCAGUCUCUGCUUUCUGGAAUGGUCUCUACUGGCUAAAUGGUAACAGCAAUCACCAAGGGGACACAGUAGGAGGAGAAUACAGGGUGAUGUAUCAGAAAUGUUGGGGUAUAUAGGCCUGGUGUUUGGAUAGAUGGAGGUUUUUUUCUUGUACUGACAAUCCUGCUGUGCCAUAGAACUGUUUGCUGGCUUUUCAAGACCUUCCUGUGAAGAUCAUGCAAUGUACAUAUAAGUUACAUUAGGAAAGAUGAUGCAAAAAAAAAAAACCCGUAUUGGAUGAUUUCAUGCAGCUCAUGGUGAACAGUUUUAUUGCUUUGUCUGUUGUUCAAGAAAGAGUGUGAUCAAGUAACUAAUGGCUACUAGGAAAUGCUUUUUGUGUCCUUGCUGGUGGGUUUGUGGUGGUAAAGUCAGAUAUAAUAAUUGUUUGGAAAUCUAGCAGGUCUUGGGAGACAGAAGCUCAAAUUCCGGUUUGAGGGAUCCUGCUGCUUCAGGUGAUGCAUGUUCACAGCAUUGGGAUACUUCUGGAUUUCUUUGGUGUGUCUUUUGGCACUGAGAUACUUAACACCUUUUCUUUCAAUUUAAAUGCAACCAUUUUGAAUGCUUUUUCCUAGACUGUUAAACAUUAUAUUAUAUCUAAUCCUGUCAUAGCAAUUACACAGUCUAGAAAAAAAGGUUACACUUGUUACUUCCAAAGGAACCAAGAAAUUUAACUGGUUUUAGAAUACCUUGUUUUCGUGUUAGGAAAGCACAUAGUCAAAUUCUCCAGGUGUUUCUGUCCUAAUAAAUGUGUUGAUUUUGUCACUUCUAAACCAUAGCUUCAUUCACUUUAUUUUUAAAUAGGAAUUAUGAAUAAAAUGGAGUUAAGGAAACGUAAAGACAAUUAUCCUCGAACCAGAAGUAAACACGUGGGAUAUAUUGCAUUUUAAGAGAGUUGUUUAAAAUUCAGUUGAGAUACCAGUGUUGUAUGGAACAGGUCUUUGUUUCUUAAAAACAUGAGUCUAUUCAGUUUGUGAGGGAAGUGAAAUGUGGUGUAUACCUUAAUUAUCAUCCUUCUAGUCCUUGAAUGUACUUCAUAGUGUUAAUUCAUGUAAUGUCAGCCAGAUGUGGAAACACACAUGACUCUUGUCGUGGUCCAGAAGGGAAUGUAUAACAUGUGAAUGCGGUUGCUCUUGUUCAGUCUGUUCACCCUCUAGCCUUCAGUGAGACAUGUCAACGUUUUCAAAGGAAUUUGUAUAGGGAAUAAUUCCUACCAUUCUCAUUUUUUUAAAGAAAGAUAGCAGCAACAACAUUUUCUGCUUGUAAAUGAUAAAAGUACUGUGAGCCUUAAUUUUUAUCCACAAAUAAAGGUUACCCAUUUGGA